GGCCGGCUCGGCUCCGGGAGUAGGAAGCAGCUUUGCGCGCCGGGGCUGCCGAUGCGGGCACUUUGAAGAAUCACGUGUGUUGAGGCCCUCUUAAAGAGAUAGGCACCUACUUUUCCCUCCACCCUAAACACGCCCUGAGGGCGGCGGCGACCGUGGUAAUUGCAACUGCUCAGGGGCAGGGCUUGCCCCAGCGCCGAGUAGUGGCAACUGCGUGGUUGCGUCUGGGGUGCCUGGGAGCCGGUAGUCCCGGGGGCCUGAAAUCGGCAGCUUCCCGGGCAGACACACUCUCCCGCAGGAAGAGGUGCCGCCGAGUCAGCGCGGGGCAGCGUGAGCGCCCUGAGGUGCUUCCUCAGUUGAGGAGAGGUGGGGUUGCAGGGCACAGGUGACAGGGCCGGAGAAAGAUGGAGCAGCCCGGGGCGGCGGCGUCGGGAGCGGGAGGCGGCAGCGAGGAACCCGGUGGGGGUCGGAGCAACAAGCGGAGCGCGGGGAACCGGGCCGCCAAUGAAGAGGAAACGAAAAACAAACCCAAAUUGAACAUUCAAAUAAAAACUUUGGCAGAUGAUGUGCGUGACCGAAUUACAAGUUUUAGAAAAUCUACUGUCAAAAAAGAAAAACCUCUUAUUCAACAUCCUAUUGAUUCUCAAGUCGCGAUGAGUGAGUUUCCCGCAGCUCAGCCAUUAUAUGAUGAACGAUCUUUGAAUUUGUCAGAAAAGGAAGUAUUGGAUCUCUUUGAAAAAAUGAUGGAGGACAUGAACCUUAACGAAGAAAAAAAAGCGCCUUUACGAAACAAAGAUUUUACCACCAAGCGUGAGAUGGUUGUCCAGUAUAUUUCCGCCACUGCCAAAUCUGGUGGGCUGAAAAACAGCAAACAUGAAUGCACUCUGUCUUCACAAGAAUAUGUGCAUGAAUUACGAUCGGGUAUAUCAGAUGAGAAACUUCUUAAUUGCCUAGAAUCCCUCAGGGUUUCUUUAACCAGCAAUCCUGUCAGCUGGGUUAACAACUUCGGCCAUGAAGGUCUUGGACUCUUAUUGGAUGAGCUGGAAAAGCUUCUGGACAAAAAACAGCAAGAAAAUAUUGACAAGAAGAAUCAGUAUAAACUUAUUCAAUGCCUCAAAGCAUUUAUGAAUAAUAAGUUUGGAUUACAAAGGAUUCUAGGAGAUGAAAGAAGUCUUUUACUAUUGGCAAGAGCAAUUGACCCCAAACAACCCAACAUGAUGACUGAAAUAGUAAAAAUACUUUCUGCUAUUUGCAUUGUUGGAGAAGAGAACAUUCUAGAUAAACUUUUAGGGGCUAUAACAACGGCAGCAGAAAGAAAUAACAGGGAACGAUUUUCACCAAUUGUGGAAGGUUUAGAAAAUCAGGAAGCCUUGCAAUUACAGGUGGCCUGCAUGCAGUUUAUAAAUGCCCUUGUCACCUCUCCUUAUGAGCUUGAUUUUCGAAUACAUUUAAGGAAUGAAUUCCUCCGUUCAGGACUAAAAACAAUGUUACCGGAUCUGAAAGAAAAAGAGAAUGAUGAACUUGAUAUUCAGUUGAAAGUUUUUGAUGAAAACAAAGAAGAUGACCUAACUGAAUUAUCACACCGUCUCAAUGACAUUCGAGCAGAAAUGGAUGAUAUGAAUGAAGUGUAUCAUCUUCUAUAUAAUAUGCUGAAGGACACUGCUGCUGAAAAUUACUUCUUAUCCAUUCUACAACAUUUUUUGCUUAUCAGAAAUGAUUAUUAUAUCAGGCCACAAUAUUACAAAAUAAUUGAAGAAUGUGUUUCACAGAUAGUGCUACAUUGCAGUGGUAUGGAUCCAGACUUCAAGUACAGGCAAAGAUUAGACAUUGAUUUCACUCAUCUGAUAGAUUCUUGUGUGAACAAGGCAAAAGUUGAAGAAAGUGAACAAAAAGCCGCAGAGUUUUCAAAGAAGUUCGAUGAAGAAUUCACAGCUCGACAGGAAGCUCAAGCUGAGCUUCAAAAAAGAGAUGAGAAAAUCAAAGAACUUGAAGCAGAAAUCCAGCAACUUCGAACUCAGGCACAAGUACCCUCAAGUUCAUCAGGAAUUCCAGGUCCUCCUCCACCACCUCCAUUGCCAGGUGCUGGGCCACCUCCACCACCACCACCCCCACCUCUACCUGGAGGAGCUCCUCCUCCUCCUCCUCCUCCACCACCACCUCCUUUACCUGGAAUGGCAGGGAUACCACCACCACCACCACUUUUAUUUGGGGGACCUCCUCCACCACCACCCCUUGGAGGAGUUCCUCGUCCCCCAGGAUUAUCAGUUGAUCUACCUUACGGAAUGAAGCAGAAAAAAAUCUAUAAACCUGAAGUGUCCAUGAAGAGAAUUAAUUGGUCAAAGGUUGAGCCCACAGAAUUAUCUGAGAACUGUUUCUGGUUAAAAGUUAAAGAAGACAAGUUUGAGAAUCCAGAUCUCUUUGCAAAAUUGGCACUGAAUUUUGCUACUCAGAUAAAAGUUCAAAAGAAUGUAGAAACAUUAGAAGAGAAGAAGACUGCGCCUACAAAGAAGAAAGUGAAAGAACUGAGAAUUUUGGAUCCCAAAACAGCUCAGAAUCUGUCCAUCUUUCUGGGAUCAUAUCGCAUGCCAUAUGAAGAGAUAAGAAAUGUGAUUCUGGAGGUUAAUGAAGACAUGCUGAGUGAGGCUUUAAUUCAGAACCUUGUGAAACAUCUCCCUGAGCAGAAGAUACUCAAUGAAUUAGCAGAGCUUAAGGAUGAGUAUGAUGACCUCUGUGAGCCUGAACAAUUUGGAGUUGUGAUGAGCUCCGUAAAAAUGUUACAGCCUCGUCUCAGUAGUAUCCUGUUCAAGCUCACAUUUGAAGAACACGUAAACAACAUCAAACCAAGCAUCAUAGCAGUAACUCUUGCCUGUGAAGAACUGAAGAAAAGUGAAAGCUUUAACAGACUUUUAGAGUUAGUUCUUCUUGUUGGAAACUACAUGAACUCAGGCUCAAGAAAUGCCCAGUCUUUGGGUUUUAAGAUCAAUUUCCUUUGUAAGAUCAGAGAUACUAAAUCAGCAGAUCAGAAAACAACCCUUUUGCAUUUUAUUGCCGAUAUUUGUGAGGAAAAAUAUCGAGAUAUCCUAAAAUUUCCUGAAGAACUGGAACAUGUAGAAAGUGCAAGCAAAGUUUCAGCUCAAAUUCUCAAGAGCAAUCUUGCGUCUAUGGAACAACAAAUUGUUCUUCUGGAACGUGACAUCAAGAAAUUCCCCCAAGCAGAAAGUCAACACGAUAAGUUUGUGGAAAAGAUGACCAGCUUUACAAAGAGUGCCAGAGAACAGUACGAAAAACUCUCCACCAUGCACAACAACAUGCUGAAACUCUAUGAGAAUCUUGGAGAAUACUUCAUUUUUGACUCAAAGACAGUGAGCAUAGAAGAGUUCUUUGGUGAUCUCAACAACUUCCGAACUUUGUUUUUGGAAGCAGUGAGAGAAAACAAUAAGAGAAGAGAAAUGGAAGAGAAGACCAGGAGGGCAAAACUUGCAAAAGAAAAAGCUGAGCAAGAAAAGUUAGAACGCCAGAAGAAAAAGAAACAACUCAUUGAUAUCAACAAAGAGGGCGAUGAGACUGGUGUGAUGGAUAAUCUUCUAGAAGCCCUACAAUCAGGUGCAGCAUUCAGAGACCGACGAAAGCGGAUUCCAAGGAAUCCAGAUAACAGACGAGUACCUUUGGAAAGGUCGCGCUCUCGCCACAAUGGAGCCAUCUCAUCUAAGUGAUUCCUGAUGCCAAAGAAUAUGAAAAUAUUAAAGUAAACAAAAUGAUGCAUUUUGAGAAGAACAAAGUGUGCACUCAGUGGCUGGAAAGAAAAUAAGUGCAUUUCUGCAAAGGUCAAGAUAAGCUGGAGGAAGUAGUGUGCAUUUGUAAAACUCUUACAAGACUCCUCCCACAAUUAUUCUAAUCUGAACACAGUUAUCAGGAUUACAAAAUGUGCUCCAUUUUAGUGUAAAGAUGUAUAUCAUUUGUAAUUGUGUGUGACCUGACUGUGAUGAUGAACGUGUAAGAAGUUGAAGAGUUCUAAGGCUUUCAAAAACAUUCAGUCUGUCAAAAAUUUAAAAUCUUAAAUGAGUAAGUCACCCCCACCAAAAACAAAAGAGAAGAAAAAGGAUAGAAAGGAAUUAUCCAGUGUCAGCUUCCAAUCCGUAUUACAUAUAGAAUAGAAAAGGACCAAGAAAAAGAUGCAUCUUAAUGAUUUGGAGCAGGGCUAGUAUUAUGCACGCUGGAAGAGAAGCCAUUUUGGAAAUUCACGAAAGUACUGCUCCACCCCAGUUGAGUUAUUUAGAAUCUUAUCCCAAGUGAAAGCUGAUGGAUUCAUCUGCUUUGGCUGAAAUUAAACUUAUCAUUAGUCUAGCUAGCAUUUCAGCAUGAUAUUGCAAGCAGUUCUCAUUGCUAAAAAUAAACCAAAGUUUAACCGAAUCAGUUAGGGAAAGUGAUUUAAACUUUAUUUAAAGAGGUAUUUUCUAAUUAUGCACAGAUAUCUACUUUAUAUGAAUACUUUAUAUGGCUAUUUUUGAGAAAACCCUCACAUUUUAAUGUUUUUGCUAGGGAUGAACCCGAAAAUUCUAUUACCUUUACUUAGAUUUCAAAGGCAAAUAUUGAUUCCUAUGCUCUGUGGUUUAUUUCUUUUUUCUAUUGCUUCUUUCUCCCUUGAGCCCCUUGAAGGCAGGGAAUAGACUUCUGGGAGACCUGAGAGGAAAAAGACUUCUUUUUGCAGGAGGCAGCAGAAAACUGUCUGAAAGGUCAGUUGUUUUAUCUCCCUUUCCACUCUCUUUCCAAUUUCACCUUGGUGGUCUGAAGAAGAAAAACAAAUUUUAUGUACGUAAGUGUAUAUAUGUGUAUAUAUUUAUAUCUCUGGCUACAAUACUUCCAAUUCAGUGAACUUCUCAAUUAUCAUCAUACUUACUUACCUUAUAUUAACAAAUUAAAAUGAUGCUGCCAAAACAAGUCUAGCAGGGGAAACAGAUUCUACAUUUUUCUUAAAUAGAUUAGGGAGUAAAAGUUAUACUUAACUUGUCUAUUAUUUUAAAAUAUGUGUUGAAAUAAUGUAGUAUAACUUCUCUGGAGUGCAAUUUUAAAUCUAAUUCAUGCAGCUGAUUGUGAUUAUUGUAAGAAAUUUCUUACAUGUAUGUUUCUUAUGUAGAAAAUACUGUUUCUACUCAUUCAAAGCACAUUGUAGAUAUUCAGAGAGAACAACAAAUGACUGGCUUGGCAAAUCCCCAUCUGAGAUAAAGUAAACAAGUGACCAGUGGCUUGCAGAUCCCUUUAUAUAGAUGUAUAAUGAUUCAAACGGCUGCCUUUGCCUCCAGUGCAUCCCUACUUAGGCAUUAUAGUUUAAAAAUCUCUGAAGCUGCUACAAUAGAGAAAUCAAAAAGGGCAACAGUAUCUGAGAUUUUACAGUCCUAUCCUAUCUGAAAACACACAGACACAAACACACACACACGUGCACACAUGCACAUUUAAGGGACAUAUCAGUUUCACACACUAUUUUGUAACAACAACAGUUUAGGUUUUACUAAUUUCUGUAAAUACCUAGUAUGUGUAUUUUUGACUUUACAGAGUCUUUUCUGAAAUCUUUGUGGUGUGGCUUCUUUAAUUCUUUUGAAAGCUUAUCAGUCUGUAGGAAAAUGAUUUUGAAAUGUUAACCCUGACUAAAAUUUGGGAGCAUAUGCCUUGCUAUAUUAUCAAGCUGGUCAAGGUAGAAAUACUGAUGUGUAUCACCUUUUCCAGAUGUAAACUUGCCUUAUUUUCUAGUUUGUGAACAAGAAUGAAUGAAGUAUUAUUAUUGAUAACUUAUAUAUUUGUAUUUAGACCAAUCCCACAUGCUUUUCACAAACAUCUCAUUCAAAUAUCAUAAAAAAAACCUCUCAAGGUCUUUCACAAAGUUCCAAUAGUUGAGUUAAAAGGUUUGUUUCCCAGAUUUAUAAUGGUCCUGCUCUAGCCAUUUGCAGUUUUGUUUUAGAUUGAAAGAUAUCACCAGAAAAAGUAUAUAGUGACAUUUUUAGUAUGAAAGCAAAUUACGCUAAGGUCUUUUGUUGGCCAUAACACUGCCGGACGUGAGAAGCACCAUUUACGCAGAUUUUCUGCAGAGUAUGUUUCAAAAGGUGCAGAAUCCUUAAAAUAUCAACUAAUUGCAUUCAUCUCCUUUGGCUGCUAUAACAAAUUACCACCAAUGUGAUGGCUUAAUAUAGCAGAAACUCAUUUGCUUACAUUUCUGGAGGUCAGCAAAGCCAUGCUCCCUCAAGAGGCUGUAAAGGAGAAUCUUUCUUUGCCACAACCACCUUCUGGUGGCUAUUGGCAUUUUUCAGCUUACAGCCACAUUUCUCUCUUGGCCGUGUCUUCACAUCACCCUCCUCUGUGCACCUAAUCUCCGUCUGCCUCUCUUUUAUAAGGAUCCUUAUGAUGAGUUUUAGAGACCACCCAGAUUACUCCAGGAUAAUCUCCUCACCUCAUGAUUCUUAAUUAAAUCUGCAAGUCCUUACCUUUUCCAAAUAAGGUAACAUUCAUGGGUUUUGGGGAUUAGGAUGUGGCUAUAUUUUUUAGGAAGCCACUCUCAGCCCACCAAAGUCUGCCCUCUGGCUCAAAAUUUAUGCCUGUCUUGUGUAAAAUACAUUCAUCUCAUCCAAAUAUUCCCAAAAGUCUCAACCCCAUUAUGAAUUCUAAGUCCAAAAUCUCAUUCAAAUAUUAUCAGUUCAAAAGUUCCAAAGCUUAUCAUUUUGAUCAUCUAAAUCAUUUAUGAGUGAAACUCCGGGUAUGGUCUUUCCUGAGGCAAAAUCCCUCUCCCUCUGAGAACCAGUGAAACAGAAAAGUUGUCUGCUUUAAAAUUACAGUGGUGGAAACAGGCAUAGGAUAACAAUUAUAGAUAUUUCUGUUUCAAAAUGGAGAGAAUGGAAAAUAGAAUGGAGUCUCCUGUCCCAAUCAUUUUCAAAAUCUAGCCAGACAAAUUUCUCUUAUAUUUCAAGGCCUGGCAAUGAUCCUCUUUCUCAGGGCUCCACCCUUUGAGCCUGUAACUCUUCUUUCUUGGACCAUGGAUUGGGCCUCUGCCUCUGUGCCUAUGGUUUGGACUUCUUCCUCUGUUCCCCCACUUGGGCCUCUGUCUCUGUACCUGCAGCUCUGCUCUCUGGGUGGUCCUUUCUUUAUCUUGAAGGUUAGCACACGUUUGCAACUAAGUAGUUUUAUCAACGGGUUUCCUACCUGUAGAAUUUUGGUAGUCUCACAAUCUUCUUUGAUUUUGUUCUGUCUCUGGCCCUUUGAGGCCCAUUUGGAAGUGUUUCUGCUGGCAUAUCAUUCUCAAAAACCUUGUGGGUCUUCCAUAUAUGUCACAUUAAUUCAUACAUUCAGAAAAGAGGGUCGUCACAGAUUUUUCCUGAAUAACCCCAUCUCCAUUCUUGGCUUCUUUUGAAACAGUCAAAUAAAUCCCCAAGUUAAUGCCUAAUCUCUUCAGCACUAGCGAAAGGUUGUCAAGACACAGCCUUGGCCUUAUCUCCUGAGCACACCUUUCUAAUGGUGAAUCUCCUAAGGCUUUUUUUACAAUCUGAAUAGGCUCAGAAUUUACCCAGUCAUCAGGUACUGAUCCCUUGUCCACUUAUAUGGUUCUUUUCUCUUUAAAUUUUUUUUUUAAUUUAUUGGAGAUGAAAGUCUUACUCUAUCACCCAGGCUGCAGUGUAGUGGUACAAUCAUAGCUCACUGUAACCCCAAACUCCCAGGCUCAAGUGAUCCUCCUGCCUCCCUUCCAAGUAGCUGGGUCUACAGGUGCAUGUCACCCUGCCUGGCUAAUUUUUCAUAUUUUUUGUAGAGACUUGAUCUUGUUAUGUUGCCCAGGCUGCUCUCGAACUUCCAGCCUUCAGCAAUCCACCUAUUUUGGUAUCCUAGAGUGUCAGAUUAUAGGUGUGAGCCACCAUGUCCAACCUCUUUUCUCAAUGUAUCUCUUUUCCCUCUUAUUUUACUGUAAGCACUAAGAAGAAACUACACUAUACCUCUAACACUAGACUUGAGAAUUUCCUCACCUAAACAUCCAAGUUCGUCAUUUAUAAAUUCUCCUUUUCACACAACUGGAGUAGUACAAUUUAGAUAAACUUUUUGCCACUAAUAUGACAAGGAUUGCCUUGCUUCGAUUUGCCAAUAAAAUCUUCAUUUCCUUCUAAGCCAUCACUAGGAAUGCCUUUACCAUUCAUACUUUAGCCAACUACCUGGUUAAGGCAAUCUAGCUUUUUCACCCACCACAGUUCUUCUAUUCUCUACCCAUUAUCCAAUUCCAAGGCCAUUUUCACAUUUGAAGACAUUUGUUAUAGAAGUACCCAAUUUCCUGGUUCCACAAUCUGUACUAGAUUCCUGUGGCUGCUGUAACAAAUUACCCUCAAGCCCAGCGGCUUAAAACAAUAGAAAUUUAUUAUCUGGUUGUUUUGGAGGCCAAAAGUCCAAAAUUGAGGGGUUGGCAGGGCUGAACUUCUUCUGGAGACUCUAGGGGAAACUCUGUUCUCAUGUCUUCCAGUUUCUUGUGGCUGCCAUCAUUCCUUGGCUUGUGGCUGCAUCUCCCUCUGCUAUGUCUUCACAUCACUUCCCCUCUGUAUAUAUAAUCUACCUCUGCCUUUCUCUUAAAAGGACACUUAUGAUGGCAUUCAGUGCCCAUCCAGAUUACCCAUGAUAAUUCACUUAUUCCAAGAUCCUUAAUUACAUCUGAAAGGACUUUUUUUUUUCCAAAUAAGGUACUAUCGCAGGUUCAAGGGAUUAGGAUAUUGAAUAUCUUUUUGGGGGAGGGGGCACCAUGCAUCUCACUACACUAGUCAUUGCACAUAAAUGUAUUUUUCACUUUUUAAGAUGCAUUCUUGGUGCUCAAGCCAAAUUGAAGUUUGUCUCUAAAAGCUGUCGUCUGCAUAGGCGUGCAAAACUGCAUGCUUUGUUGUUAAAUGGAUGGACAGGCUCUUCUAAAUUUCGGUUGACACUUUUGCCUCUAUGGCCAAUUAACUUGAAAAAAAUAAUCGAUCCCAGCUCUAUGCUCUGAUGUACCUCUUCUACCCCUUUUAUGAUGUCUUUGACCAAAUGCCUUCUGUGGUUCACAAUGCAGGCACAAAACUACCUCUGAUACAGAAGGGUUUUUUACAAGCUUAUUUUAAAUACCCUCACCUGAAGGGAGAGGUGAAAGCAAAGACUGCUUUGAAUGCGUAUUUAGGGAGAUUGUGUCCAUACCAAGCCACCCUGGAGUAUUUCACUUGCAGUAGAACUGUGGAUUUGUGCUCUCAUUUUGCUUUGGAAUAAACACCUAUCUCUAAGCAGGACCAAGAAUGACUUGCAAUCUAUAUGUAAUGGCUAUUACUUAUUCAAUAAAGUUAAGAUAUACAUUAAA